CAUGUUCAUUUGCCACGCUUCCCACAAUUGUUUACAAUAACUGGAUCAUUGACAGUUAAUUUAAUGUACCGUGGAGAUUACAAUUUUUUUUAUUGAUGAUUAGCAAGAACUUUAUGCGUAAUUGGAAUAACAGAAUUGAAUUGUGUGUUCAUAUAUCUUUUUUUUGACGUAACACUCUUUUAAUAGAUCUGUUAUAUUCCGAUGUCAUGUUGCCAAAUAAUACAUUUAACAAUUGGGACUUUACGAUCUGCGUUGGUUUUAAGACAGUUUACUUCUUCGAUACAUAUUGCGAGAUUUCUCGAAGAGUACGUUGUCGUCGAGGGAUGUCUGGUCGCUGAGAGAUUGUCGAAAAUAUUAGAAAGGUCGAUCGAAUAUGGAUCAGAUCAUCGACAUUGACGAUGUUGAGGAUGAGAUGCACUCGUCCAAGAAUACGACUGUCAGCUGCGUCAAUUCGAACUCGAUAUGCUACGUCGCGAUCACGAUCGCGACCCUGGCCUUCCUCGGCGCCAUAGUCUUCGUCUGCAGGGAUUACAUCAAGGUGCUCCUCUAUUGGAUCGAACAUCAGAACGCCUGGAUGAUCGCUAUAAUCUUCAUUGGCCUGUUCACGGUGGUGUCGUUCCCGAUUGUGAUCGGCUAUCUGUUCCUCAUCAUCGCCAGCGGCUAUUUAUUCGGUGCUGUGCACGGCAUAGCGAUUGUGAUACUCUCUGCGAAUCUCGGCAUAGCCAUAGCCCAUGUCACUCUGGGAUUAUUGUCCACCAGACUGCCGAUAGGCGCCCUCCUGCAAAGCGAUACGGCGAGAGCGAUACUCCGCGUCAUCUCUGGGCCUCAAGCCUUCAAGAUCGUGCUGUUCGCGCGACUCACUCCGAUUCCUUUUGGUCUUCAAAACACUAUUUUUGCGGUCAGUAACAUAGGUGGUUUUCAUUACCACAUAGCGAGCGCGAUAGGAUUGUUGCCGGCGCAAUUAAUCAAUGUCUACUUGGGCAGUAGUUUGAGAUCGAUGCAAGACGUGCUGGAGGAUAGAUCUACGGCUGCAACUGGCUACAUAAUAUUCUGCAUGCAGAUAUUGGUGGGACUCUCGUUAAUGGUUUACAUCGUUCAAAAAGCGCGAAAGGAGCUUCAGUUGACGUUGUUCAAAGCCGACUUCACGUCCAUGGGAAAUUCUCCUCAUUAUAUUCUCGAUGGUCUGCCAGACUCCAAGAUAAUCUUAACGAAUCUAAUUGCGUAAAUUUUUCUUACGCUGAAAUUAUAGACCAUUGCACGAUUGCUUAUUAUGUAGCACAAUUUUUUUUGAUAUCAUUAUUUCUUUCGAGUCUUGCGACUUCUUAUAUUCUCUUCCAGUAUUACGCUAACCUACCAGUGGUGCUUCUAAAAAUCUAUGACUUUCGAAUCUAGGCAUUAUUGUAUAUGAAUCCAUUAAUAGGGAUAACACGUAUUAAGUCUUACCAAAGUUUUAACGUAAUUUUAAUAAUAAACACAAAGUUCAAUGAAGCACGUGAUGUUAUCGAUGUAAGCACGUAUAUUUUCGUAAAUAAUAAUGAACAAAGCGCAAGGGGAAGUCAAUGCAAUUGCGAAUACCGGUGUAUAAAGCUUCCUUGCAAUAAGAGUGUAUAUUAUAAUAUAUAUAUAUAUUGCUCAUACACAUAUAUACAUUUACAUUUACAUUAAUAAUAGAGACUGAGAAACUUUACACUUAUACCUUUUACAUGUUAUCAAUCAAUUAUUGGUCUCUUUCGGUUCAAGUCCGUUUGUUAACAGAAUGUUAAUAUUUAUGCAUUUGUCCGUCUUCUCAUGCGAUAUAUAUUGCAUUUGUAUAUUAUACAUAUAUA